GAGCGGAAAUGGAGAGGUGGCCCAAAGGAGGCGCGGUCUCCUAAACUCAUGGCAGCACUUGUACGCGCCGCAGUGGUGAGGUCGCAGUGUCGCCAGCUCUGGCGUCUGUUCCCUCGCGGCCAUGGGCUCAGGGAUGUGGCGGAGAGGCCGAGACCGGAGGAAGCGUGCUCCUGCCUGCGGAGCAGAGCCUUCAGCGCUGGGCCGCCACCGCCGGGGGCCGGUCCGGAGCCCAAGGGCGGUCAAGCCGGGUCUCACCGCCCGAAGCCUGGGUAGCCUGUUUCUUGGAAGUCUUUAGCUCUCACCUUUGCCAUUGGAGGCUCUUUAUUGGCUGGAAUGAAGUACUUCAAGAAAGAAAAGAUAGAAAAGCUGGAGAAACAACGGCAUCGCAGCAUUGGGAAGCCUUUACUAGGGGGGCCAUUUUCCCUUACAACUCACAAUGGAGAGCCCAAAACCGACAAGGACUACCUGGGUCAAUGGGUAUUGAUUUAUUUUGGCUUCACUCAUUGCCCUGAUAUCUGUCCAGAAGAACUAGAAAAAAUGAUUGAAGUCGUGGAGGAGAUAGACAGUAUUCCAUCCCUGCCAAAUUUAACUCCACUUUUCAUCACCAUUGACCCAGAAAGGGACACCAAAGAAGCCAUUGCGACUUAUGUGAAAGAAUUUUCUCCCAAAUUGGUUGGUUUGACUGGCACAAAAGAAGAGAUUGAUGGAGUGGCCAGAGCAUACAGGGUGUAUUACAGCCCUGGCCCGAAGGAUGAGGAUGAAGACUACAUAGUGGAUCAUACAAUAAUAAUGUACUUGAUUGGACCAGAUGGAGAAUUUCUUGAUUAUUUUGGACAAAACAAGAAGAAGGCAGAAAUAGCCGGCUCAAUUGCUGCACACAUGAGGUCACACAUGAAGAAGAGGUAGCCAGAGCCGUGUCACCAGAUGCAGGAUUGGCUUGCUGAAGAGGAAGCUUUGUCUCCCAGAGGAACCUCUAUAUACUGUAACAUACAACAUGGACUUCAUACCCUGAGAACAUCAUUCUACAUGAGAUGUUACCCUGGGGCUCAGCCAACCCAGUCUGCCAGGAAACUACCAUGAGUUAAAGGGCCAGGGUGGUCAGAGCCAGUGGAGAACAGACGUCCAGAACCAUCAGAGAGGCACACAAUGCACAUCUGUAGGAAUGGCACUCUUGGAGUAGUGUUGCUUCCUUGCCGGUGUCUUCUUGCUCAGGGGGGCCAAAUUCUACAGGAAGGUGUCACUUCCGUAAUGUUCUUGCUGUUUCAAUUUGUGUGCUCAGCAUAGGCAUUCAAGUCCUCUUUAUAUUUGAGAGUAGAAGCUUAGCUUCUUUGAAAAGGAAUGUCACCAUCAGGUCUGCAUCUCUGUCACACAGUAGGUGCUGCUUUGGGCUGGAGGAGAAAACUUACUGUUUGCACAUAACUUUUGGUUCAUUCUCCACCUUUUUAUUUUUUAUUUUUUGUUUUUUGAGGCAGGGUUUCUCUGUAUAGCCCUGGCUAUCCUGGAACUCACUCUGUAGACCAGGCUGGCCUCGAACUCAGAAAUCUGCCUGCCUCUGCCUCCCCAGUGCUGGGAUUAAAGGCGUGCACCACCACUGCCCAGCUUUUUUUUUUUUUUUAAUCCUUUUUAUUUUUUUAAUAGCUAAGUGGUUUGACUGGUUUUCAGUGGUAGACCACGUGGAAAUGAGAAUAUUUAUCAUGUCUAUGAUCUGGUAAUUUUUAUGUACCAGAUUACACAAUGUAUGAAAUAAAAGAUGUGGUCAGUCCAGCAACUUGGACAAGCAUGGCUUUGCUUCUGUGAAGAAUGGGUCCCUAGCACACCAUGGUAGGGGUAGAGGCCACAGACUGAAGUGCUUGUUAAAUAGAUAAGUGCUUGUUAAAAUGCAGAUUCACAGGCCAGGAACUGGCCUCUCUUGAGUCAGAGUGGGAUACAGAGACCUGGGUCUCCAGGGGCAAGUGACUGAGAUCUGAGGACCUGAGCCCACACCUGGGUCAUCUGUUCCAUAGAGAAGUAACAAGCAUAACCAGCUCUUAAAGGUGUCAGCAGCUACUCCAGGGAAUGUCGUCUGGCUGGGUGUGGUGUGCACACUGUUAGUCCCAGCACUCGGGAGGCAGAGGCAGGGGCUUCUUCAAGUUUGAGGCUAGCCUGGUCUAAUAGAGAGUCUUGGGCCAACCAGGCUACCUAAUAAGACCCUGUCUCCAAAAAAAAAAAAAAAAAAAGAGAGUAAGAAAGACGAUGCCUGCUGAGUAAUGAAUCUUGGCUUUGUUUCUGAAUUAAACUUCCCUGAUACCUGGGUUUGGCUAUCUCCUUUUCAACUUGAACCUUUUUAAUGAAUCCAAAGAUGCUACAAAUGAGCCUUGCUGGAAACCAUUCUUCCCAAACACAGAUUAGUUUAUAUGCAAGCAAUAAAGGCUUACCUUCUGGUUUUUAACUUCUUGGUACUUACAUGAAGCCUAAUGAAAAUACUUAUGUCACCAUGAAAGAACACCUGUACUUGUUAUAGGCCAAAUCAUGUCAUUUACAAUUUAUAUAUUCAAGUCCUGGAUCAGUCACUUCAGAAUGUGACUGAAUGUGGAAAGAAGGCAUUUAUUUAUUUGUUGGUUUGUUUUUAAAUUUUUGAGGCAGGGUUUCUCUGUAAUCCUGGCUGUCCUAGAACUUGUAAGGACCAGGCUGGCCUUGAACUGAGAUCCACUUGCCACUGCCUCUGGGUAGUAUUUGGUGCUGGGACUAAAGGCAUCACCACCCCCACACAGCUGGAGAGUAAGGCUUUAAAGAGGUAAUAAGGUUUAAAUGAAGCUGUUAGGUUUUCUCUUCCUUAAAGCAAACCUACUGAUAUCCUUAAAAGGGUAGGAAAUUAGAACACAGGAGAGCAGGCUGAAGCACAGUUGUCUGUCCCUGGCCUCAGAAGAAACCGACUCCUGACACCCCCAUCAUUGAUUGCCAGUCUCUAGAACCUUAAGAAAACAAUUAUUUUCUGUUAAAUCAGUCAGCUGCAGUGAACCAGUAUAGUCCAUUCCUUAGUUGUGAGCCACCAUGUGGUUACUGAGAAUUGAACUCGGAACUGCUGAAAGAGCGGUCAGUGUUCUUUAACCACUGAGCAAUCUCUCCAGCCACCCUGUUCAGAGACGUUUAAGACAUUAAGUAGCCAUUUAAUGUCUUUAUCUCAGGGUUCUGCAUCGGUCACUCUAUAUCAUACUGUAACUGUGUGUAUACUGCGCUAAGGUCAAGGAAGAAGCAAGUAGAGUAGGGUUCAGUGUAGACCAGAACAAAUGCAACAACCUGCUUGUUAGGGUUUUUCUUUGUAAAACCAGGAUUGCAUUAGGAAGGCAUCAGAUGGUGGGAGCACAAACCAGACGUGCACAGCUCCAGCAGGACUUGGUGUGAUUGGUUUCAAUUGAAGCAGACACAAAGCCCCUUCCAGAGUGAGAUGCCUUGAACUAUGUAGUGGCUUACAUACCUGGAAGUGUAGGAUGUAUCCUGCCACUGUCUACAAUCUACACCUCAAAACACAUCAGAAGAAUUCCUAUGAGUGGCCUUGAAAGAAAGCAUGUCUGGGGUGUAAGACUUCAACUCUUAGCAACGUGCUCUAGCUUAGCACAAUAGCAAGGGCAGGCUACCCCAGGUGAGAGAGGGACAAAGAGACUGAAGAAGGCAGAGCUCUCAGCAAAGUUUAACAAACCCAAAGGGAAGAGAAUGGUUUAUUACUUAUUGCAAACAUCACCACCCAUAAUUUCCAUAAUUUCCCUACUUGUUCUAUGCAAGAGUCAUCAUUAAUGGGUAUUAUUCUGAGACAAAAUUCCAUUGUUUUAAUUUUUACUAUUGAUCACUAGUAAUGCCAUGUUUUCCAUCUAUAAUUUACUUGUUAUUCUUCUUUUUUGAACUAUGCACUUAUGUUCUUGGGCUUUUUCUGAAGUUAUUCAUAUAUAAUUUCUUUCUGGACUCAUAAUCAUUUCUUAUCCAUUGGUGUUAGUAUUUAUGUUUUUGGUGAAGCCUAGUGAUGACUGUAUGUGUUCUGCCUUUGCUGUCAUGUCAUAACUGCAUUCCUGGGUAUUACGGUUGUAAGAAACAAAGGCUCACUCGUUGAAGCUCUAGAGAAAGAAGACGGGAAGAACUAAAAUCAUUGUGUAGACUAGACCUAAAACUGGAUGCUCAAGAACGCCAGAGGCCAGAGCAUUUCCCCCAAAUUCAGGCUCACAGCACAGCAGUGUGGGAGAAAAUUAGGCUGUCUAUACAUUUACAUUUUUAGACAGUGUAAACAUAUAUGACUAUGCAAAAGUAUGUACAUCCUGUUUAUAAAGUAUAAACUGAUACCA